GUUCAUUCACAUUCAAUCAUCGAAACGUCAUGGAGUGGUCAGUUGACGACACGGACGAGGGUGGUGUGCUGCAUGUCAUCGUUACCACGAGCCUUACCUUGCACACCCUGCGUGACGCUAUGGCCAUCGCAGCAGCGAUCCCUCGCCGCCAUUCUGUCACGCGGUUGCACGUAUCCCAUCCACACACGACGCUGUCCAUGCAGUUGUUGGACGCGGUCGUCCGAGAGCUCGGCCGAGUGUUUAGUCAUUGCGCAUGCCUUGAGUGGAGUCUGAUCGGCGCCAAGAACGUUCCUUCGCUUGCGUGGCUGGCGGCAUUGUGGCGCGACGUGUGGUGUCUGGCGCCAUCGACGCCUCGUCAAAUUCGAUUGCAUCUCGACAGUCACCACGUCACACAUGACGUAGCCAGUCUAGACCUCCUUCAACCACACCUGGAUGGGCUAUACAUACGAGCCAAAGCUACCAUGCCUACAUUGGUGCCACAAUUGGGGUCGUUGACCAUGUUGACGGAAUUAUGCCUGGCCAAGACGUUUUCAUCGUGGAAUCGACAUGUCUUGGCUUCGUUUCUCACCAAGUUGGCUCCAUAUCCUCGCAGCCGAAAACAGCAUACAUAUCUUCCAUAUCUCACCACGCUGUCACUCACGAACAACAUGUUCAACGCAGACGAUGUCGUUGGUCUUGUCACCGCCUUGCGAUACCACGACACCCUUCGGCACUUGUCCCUUGCCUAUUCACUUCCUCAUAUGACGGCGAAGACUGGUCAAUGGAUCUCGGCUGGGUUACUGCAUUCCCCUUAUUCAAAUUUACAAUCGCUCAAUCUAUCUGGGCUAUCGAUUCACCAAGAUGCAGCACAUGCCAUGAUUGGUUGCCACGACCUAUCUGACGUGGCACCACCUCCUCCAAACAUUGCACAUGGUGUUCCCCACAGCCCCGUUCCACGAGGCUUGUACGCUAUACCAGCCACGAUCUUAUUGCAGCACCAUGGCAACUGGCAAAUCUCGUCGCAUUCUUCAAGUACUUAUAACGUCGAAGUUGUGUGCUCUACUGCCCUGGACGUGGCAGUAGUGGUACCAGGCGGCGGCAUCGUCUGGCUCGAUCGAUACAAGUUCCCCAUGCAACAAUUAUGCCCUGAUGUGAAGCAGCAGGCCCACAAGGACAAACAUAUGCGUGAGUUGGUGCUGGACGACUUGACCAGUGCAAAUGUGGUUGUGCCCCUGUUGACGAGUUUUCCGAACGUACGAUCGCUUCAAAGGUUGCGGCUGCGACGAUAUGGCCUCACCACGGACGAACUACGAGAGGUGCUACGUUGCUGCCCUUUGUUGGUAGCCCUCGACUUGCAAGCUUGCCAGCUCUCGGACGUGUCGCCACUCAUUGAAGCGUGGAGAAGCCCCCCAUAUCCGAGUGUAUUACAACGACUAAAUGUGGCCAAGAAUGUGCUGGGCUUAGUGGGGGCCACCGCGAUCUUUCAAUCGUUGGCCGAAUGUCCUCAUCUCCAAGUACUGGACAUCUCGCACAACUGUAUCGGAAGCAGCGCAUUGGAUACCUUGCACGACGCCCUGCAGGACAACCACACCCUCCAGACAAUCACGAUAGAUGCGACGCCCGAGGGGGAUGCCUUGUCCAAGGACCAUCACGGCACGCCGUUGCAUGUACUGCCCCUGUCGGUGGAGGUUCAGCAGGCUUGCUUCCACGCUCUCUAUCGAAAGCUCGAGCACCAGCACAUGCUGGACCCGUCGGUCGUGCGCUCGAUCUUUCAAUUCGCGGCCCCCACCGUCUAUCGCAGAGUUCGCCAAGUGCCAUGAUGCACUGUAUCGCAGCCCAGCCAAUAUUAUCGGGUAAAAAUGUGUUGGUACGGGGAAUUGAGGAGCAUAUGGUCCAAAGUAGUGCUCGAAAAUUGUUCAAAACACAGUAGCCUACUCCUCUCCCUGUCACUUCGACAAGGGCUAUACUGUAUAAAAGGAUAAUAUUAAUUGUGAAGGAA